CAGAUCCAUUCCCGGCUGUCCUCCUGUCAACCUUCUCCUGCCUGAGAAGCUCCCAGCCAGGGCUCUUGUUUUGGUUUCCCUUCCAAAAAUAAAGGGACAGAGUCCAUCUGCUCUUCUACUUUAGGUUGGUUUUUAGUCCCUUUUUUGCCUAAGGUUGCAUUCCCUAUUUUGGGAAGGAAUUUUCCUCCUUCGGAGAGAGCGGGGCCGGCUCUCUCGCUUCUCUCCUGGGUUCCCAUCCAAAGGGAUCUGGGCAGGGAUCCACUCCAGGAGAUGGUGCAGUCCCACCCACUUCUGGGAUCCAGAAGAUCCACUGAAAUGACCGAGGAGACCCUCACAGCUCCUGAGGCCUCCGCCCAGUGCCCCUUUCUCUGGACAUGACCUCCCCCUCCGUGAACGAGACCUGUGUCCUGCGGCCUCCGUCCUUCACCCUGCGCGGCCUCCCCGGCCAGGAGGACGCCCACUUCUGGCUGGCCUUCCCCUUGCUGGCCCUGUACCUGGUGGCCGUGGUGGGCAACGCCACCAUCGUGUGGGUGGUCAGGGCGGAGGCCACGCUCCACACGCCCAAGUACCUCUUCCUGGGCAUGCUGGCCGGCGUGGACUUGGCGCUGGCCACUUGCACCGUCCCCCGCAUGCUGUCCCUCUUCUGGCUGGACGACCGGACCAUCGGCUACGGCGCCUGCCUGCUCCAGAUGUUCUUCAUCCACUCCCUCUCGGGGGUGGAGUCCACGGUGCUGCUUGCCAUGGCCGCUGACCGCUAUGUGGCCAUCUGCCGCCCACUCCAGUACUCGGCCCUGCUGACCUGCUCACGGGCAGCUAAAGUGGGCCUGGGGGCUGUGGCCCGGAGCCUGGCCUUCUUCCUACCACUGCUGCCGAUGGUUGACCGGCUGGCCUUCUGCGGCCCCACCCAGCUGGUGCACCCCUUCUGCCUCCACCAGGACUUGAUGACCUUGGCCUGUGAGCACCCACCCACACUGCCUAACCGAGUCUACGGCCUGGUAGCCAUCCUGCUGGUCAUGGGCCUGGACGGCCUGCUGGUCUUCCUCUCCUACCUGCUCAUCCUGGCCGCCGUCCUGCGCCUGCCCACCCGAGAGGAGCAUGGCUCCACCUGCCUGGCCCACGUCUGCAUGGUGCUGGCCUUCUACUUCCCACUGGUGGGGCUCUCCAUUGCCCACCGCCUGGGAGAUGGGAGACACCACCCCGUUCUCCAUGUCACCCUCAGCUGCCUCUACCUUCUCCUGCCCCCCGUCCUCAACCCCAUCGUCUACGGGGCGCGCAUGACUGAGAUCCGGCGCAGGGCCCUCAAGAUGGUGGGCAGGAGACCAUCGGCCCCCCAAGCCCACUGACCACAGGGAGAAGAAGGCUGGGUGGUCUGUGUGGGAGAGUACAGCAGGGAUACCCAGGCCCAUAGCAUUUAGGGAGAGCAGAAUGCAAGGAAAGAGGGCUGGGCCACAACCUAUAAUAAGACUAUCCGGUAUCUAUAGAAGAGUAGAGUGCAAUGGAACUAUUCUGGGACCAUAACCUGUGUGAGGAAUAUUUGGUAUCUAUAGCAGAGCAGAAUGCAACGGAAGAGUGCUGGGCCCAUAACCUAUACAAAGACUAUUUAGUAAGAGUAAAGUGCAAUGUGUUGUGACUCAGCUGG